AGCCAUCACCUAACCAUCCUCCUGGCACGAAGCUCGCUCACUUUCCCCGCGUAACAAAGAUGGAAAACUCGUCAGAAAUACCGAAGUCAGAAGCUGAAGGCAAACCAAAAGCCAAGGAAUAUUGCAGGACAAUAUUUCCCCAUGAAGGCGUAAAUGAUGAACUGAGUUUUAAAGAAGGAGAGAUUAUUCAAAUUAUCAGUAAGGAUACUGGAGAGCCAGGCUGGUGGAGAGGAGAACUCAAUGGUAAAGAAGGAAUCUUCCCUGAUAAUUUUGCUGUUCAAAUACAAGAAUUUGAUAAAGACUUCCCUAAGCCAAAGAAGCCUCCACCUCCAGUUAAAAGUCCAGAUGAAAAAGGAGCUUUGGAUCAGAAGCCUUUGAAGCCACAUGCUCCUCAAGUACCACCCAAAAAACCCAUUCCUCCAAGCAAGUCUAACAGCUUACUGAGAGCCGGGAUUCUGCAACUAAAACGUCCAGAAAAACCUGUUUUGCCAUCGUCCGUAUCCAAAUCUAAUGGAGAAGUUGUUCAUCUUCGACCUAAAUCUGAAAUAGAGCCAGUAGCAAAACCAAAGUUAGACUCUGAACAGUUACCAGCGAGACCAAAAUCAGUAGAGGUAGAUUCACUUGUGGUAAAGAGCUCUCGAGAAUCAGGUAAGAAAGCAAUAAGAAGUUCUUCUGGGUCUUCCUGCUUCGAUUGUGGUGUUUUACAGCCUUAGAAUAAGGUCUUGGAUUUAUUCAGAAUGCCUCAGAGUGCAAUUAUGCCCAUUCUGUUGGAAAUGUAUGUUUUUAGAGUAGUGCAGGCAGCUCAUGUUAGGAGUUAGAAAGCAAGGUACAGGUUUCAUAGGGUAUUUGGAGGCAUAAGCUCUGUUACAGCUAUGAUAGGAAGGGAGGAAUACAGGUAUCAGCUUAUUCUUCCAAUUGGAAAGCAUGGUUUUUUUUGCUCUCACUUUUAUCUUGCAUUUUGUUCGUUCUGCUCUUGCAUUUCAGGUAACUUUUGCAUUUCUAU